GAGAGGCGGUGCGGCGCGGGGUUGUCGCGCAUGCGCGGCCCGGGCAGGGCCGCCGCCCCGGGAGCGCGCGGCCGCCUCGGGAGCGCGCCCGGCCCGAGGAUGCGCCCGGCGGGACGAGCCCGGCAGCCCGGCCGGGCACAGGGUGUUCCCGCUGCUGCUGUCUCUUCACGGUCCUCGCUGCCACCUUCGGCCUCGGGCGGCACCUGCGGGAAGUGCCGUGCCUGGCACGGGGCCUUUGCCGCUGUACGUGCGGAGCAGGAAGGACGGAGCGCUCUGCUGGGCUUGUCUCCAGGUGUGGUGGGAGUUCCUUCAGGCUGUGGACUCGUGGGUUAUCGCACGACCCGCUGGCACUGAGUCGAAAGCACGGUUAGUAAAGAAAGCACGUCGUUUUUGACAUCAACACGUGAACCGUUCCAUACACAGCCUCAAGCAUACUCGUGCCGGAGGGCAGAAGUGCUUGCUGGUGUGCUCCUCCACCAUGUGCCUCAUCUUUCUUGGAAUCCCAAAGGAACUUUUUAGGAUAAGUUGGAGACAUGUGAAAAGCUUUCUCUUUACGCAGAGCCAGUGCUACCCUGGCCAGCACCUUUCUCAACAUGGGCUGUUGUUUUCACUACCUUUGGCUAGCUGUAAUGGCCCACAACAGUUUCUGGGCCCUGUGAUCCUUGACUAUACUAUCUAGUUUUUGAGACUUCUGCCUUUGGAGCUCCCAGACUGCUUCAGCAUGGAAUAGAAUGGGAUCCUGUAGGAACCAUCAGGUUUUUCAUUGCACUGGGCCACAAACUUCUUGUUGCUAUGUGUACCAAAAGAGUCAAAAAGCUCCUUUCUAUGACCAGGAUGGGACUUCAAACUCACUGUGAAAUUCAGCAAAAAUGAAGGUGUUUUGUGGCCACCAAAAAAGGAAUGGCAGAGCUCUUAAGAGCUUCUAUUGGAAAAUUUAAGUCAGAAUGAUGCUGCAGGAUUGAUUAUUUCAUCUCUGUUAAAAAGAGAUUGAUUUUUAUCUUCUGACAUGCAAGAUACCUGUUGCAGUCUGGUUUCAGUUGCCCAUUAAAGCUCUGUAUUUUGUGUUUUCUAGGGGAGGGUUUUCCUUGGAGUGUUCAUUCCAAUAUUUGACUGCUGGAGAGGUUGAUGCACUAGGAUUUUAAUUUUUGUAACUAAUUUGCUAAGGCUUGUUUGAAGGUUUGAGGCUUGGUGGGUUCUAAAGUAAACAUGUAGAACUUGUACCUAAUUCUAAGCUGGUGUUGGUACCAGUUUCAGGCAUUUCUUUCUCAGAGCUGUUCCCAUGCUCUGCCAAAACCAGUUUUCUCUAGUUUUCAGUUCAGUGCUAGAUGUGACUUCUGUGCAUUCAGUGAGCCUCAGUGGACAGACAAGAGUCUCUCUUUUCACUCCCUGUAAAUGACAUUUACUGUCACUGUCUCCUGGAAAGGGCACUUCACAACUUAAAAAAGUCUGAUGCAAGGAACCACCUUCUUCAGAUUAUUUUGAUCCUGCAUUCCCUGAGCUCCAUUCAAUGUGCUCUUAUGUGGUGAAGGACAGUGAACAUUUCAGUUUUCUCCAUCCUGAGCCACUCUUGACUUUAUUACUUGUGAUGUUUCUUCCAAACUGCGGAAUCUUUCCUUGCUUAGGUCUUCCUUUUCAGUAGAUUUUGGUGCUUUUGAUCACCUCUGCAGCACUUCCAGUUCUGCUCUCCCCUGCUUAGAGGAAAAGUACCAGAUGUGCACGCAGAGCUCCAGAUGAUGGUGCUCUGGGGACUUCUGUGGCAGCACGGUGCUGUUCUGCUGAGAUCCCUGUUCCUUCUUCCCAAGCUGUUAAUUACAGCUGCCUCUCUUCAGCAGCGGCCUUUUCCUGACAUGGAGGGUUUAGGCUGUUUCCUCAGGGUGGCCUGGGCUGGAAUCCCUCUCCUGCCAGCCCUGGAGUGUGUCAGCAGUGUGUGUGUGUGUGUGUGUGUGUGUGAAGGCUGCAGUACCCCCGUGUACCCCUUUCUAAAAGCCCCCUCAGCUCAGUUCUGCUGUGCUCCACGUGCUCUGUCAUUUGUCCUGUGUAAGGAUUGGCUUUUUGCUGCCCUUCAGUGCCCACAUCCACCCUGCUGUGCCUGCCCUGCCAAACCAGCACUUCCCAGCUGCUGAAAGUCUGCUGGGGGAGAGGAGACUGCAGGUGGCUCUCAGGGGAGGGAAGAGAAGCUUGUCCUCUGCUCAGGGUCACUCUGCGGAGCCUGGUGGCUGCAAUGUUUGGGGUCUCCAGCCCUGUGGGCCCUUUGACCAUGCAAGCUGUGUCUCCAUACGCAGAGAGGUCGCACUGGAAGUCUUUGCUGAGGCUGGGCUGGCCACUUCUUGCUUUGUGGUGGUGCUGGUGACCUGAAGUUCUUGUAGCACCAGGAACUAGUGCACGGUAGCUAAUCACUAGAUUCUGUAGGUUUGUGCCAGUAGCUCCUAGUGUCACCAAUGUAGAAACAUGCUAUCUUUUGGGAUAAGUGAGUUUAAGAUAAAUUCCACCUGACUGAGAUUUUUUUAAGAGGCAGCUAGAUGGAAAACAGGGAAGAGUAGCACUUAAACUGAGUGAUUGUUACAGAAAUCAGCUUAUCUGAGUAGCAGGAGCCUCCUGUUGCACAUCCUGUGGUGUUCUCCUAGAGCAUUUUCAAUGAAUUCAGCCUUUUCUGAGCCGUGGUGGUGUUGUGUCAGUCAGACACAUCCGUGUGAUCUGUGCAAGCAGGCACACACUCACCUGGUCUCUGUUCCACCUCACUUUGUGUCCUUUCAAACAAAGAUGUUCUUUCUGCUGUAAGAAUUUUUAACUCUUCCACACCAUCAACUGCUAAUCACAUUUGUGAGGACUUCAGUAGUUAUGCCUGCUCUCCAUCCAGUUGCAAGGUUUGGGGUUUUUUUUGGUUUUUUGUUUUGUUUUGUUUGGGUGAUUUAUAUAAAGUAAGCCUGGAUAGAAGCCAUCCUCCUUGCCAGUAUCCCAGAGUCCCACCCUUUUAUGUAGACAAGUAAAUAUUUUCAAGAUCCUUUUGAUGUUUGUCACUGCCUUGAGUGUUCUGCUAAAUGUUGGAUAAAAAGGAGUUUAUGCCAAUGAACUUUGUUCAUCUGUAUAAAGAAAGACAGUGACAGUAUCACUGCAAAUGCUGCAUCACACAGAAUGAGGAAAAACAUACUGAAUUAAUUAAGUAAAUAUUUCAUAAGUUGUUUUAUAGCAUCUGUAAACAUUUGUGCAUUUUGCAAGAUAAAUAUUCUCAAGCAUUUCUGUUUUCUAGUUUAGUGUCUGUACUACAGAAAUACCUAGGAAUUCAGUCAGGGUUCAGUUUAAUUACACAAGCUGGGCAGUGCAGGCACCCCUAGACUAAUGAGAUGCUGACUGCAAACAAAGCACCUGCACUGGGAGUGGUUCCACUUCUGUGCUGGUGCUGCCCAGCGCUGUGUCAGGGUUUGCUUCAUGUGUUGUAACUUAAUGUGAGUAUCUUGGGAUGGGGAGAUGGGUGACAAUGUUCCUGAAACAGGCCACGAUUCUUGCUGCUUAUAGGUGUCUUUUCCAGAGGUGUUAUCUGCUGCUGGUACCAGUUCUCUUUUUAAAUAUGGUCUUUUUGCUUUUUCAUUGUAAGCUUCUAAUGAAAACUGAAUUUGUCAUGUUUUUCUCUCAAAAAAAAAUUCAAGAAAGGUCAAGUGGGUGUAGUAGAUGAGAAUUCAGAAAGGCACAGAACAAAAGCUGUGUUCUGUAGGUUUCUGUGGUGUCAGAGAUUGAGGAGACUCCUGACAUCUCUCCUUGCAGUUGGUGCUAAAGCGAGUGCUGAAGGCAGUUUGGCCAGGUGUGCUCAGCAGCUGUGCUAAGGCAGACUGGCAGGUAGGGAUUGAAGCAAUUGAUUUACCAGGAAAUAUGUGGAAGAACAAAAGGAGUGUGACUUGACCAAUAGUUUGUGUGUAGGGAGUGUAAUAAUUCUGUGCAAACUCCGCAUUCCUGGAGAUUAAGUGGCGUUGGCAGAAGGAGAUAUUUUUAACUGUCCUGAGUGAAGCUUUUAACUACCCGCAGUGGACACAGAGGAGCGCCCUUUUCCUUUCAGCAGGCAGAUUUCUGUGUAUUUAAACACUGGCAUUCUCUCUCCUUGUAGGCUUCUCCUCCCCAGGCAAAACAAGCUCACUGAAUCCAGGCUUUCCCCACAGGACAUAUUUUCUAAAUCUUCUCUAGACUGACUUAUCUAUUUGCCAUAAAAUUGUUAAGAUCCAAGUAGUUGUUUUCAGUUUGUGUAUUUAAUUUGGAAGAAAGAUUUAUGUGUCCCAAAGCAUGUCUAUUAUUUCCAGCUAUUUCAAUUGCUCUAAUGAAAGAUAUUACCUCAUCUCACAAACCUUUAUCUCAUUUAGGAGCUUACAUCAUCACAAAUAGAGCAGCACUGCUUUUACUGCUGGUGUGACAGACUCCAUGUCCUGUCCUCUUGGUGCUUCCUGUCAUUCCCAGUUUGUGCCUCUUUGUGUCUGGUUUAUCCUGCAUUCUUGUGUGUGUUUCUGUCCCCAUGUGCUGAGUUUUGAAGCUGAGGAGAUGACUCUGUCAAGCUCCUUUCUUACCAUUCUUCUGCAAUAGGAGCUGUGGAUGGAACACCGAGCUGAGGAGCCGAACAUUUUAUUGAAGGCCUGUGUGUAGACCCUAAUGAAUGAAUGAAUGAAUGAAUGAAGAAUGAAAAUGCUCCCUGGAGUGGGUGUGUUUGGAACUGGUAGUGCUGCCCGGGUCCUGGUACCCUUGCUGAGGGCAGAAGGCUUCUCCAUUGAAGCUCUUUGGGGGAAGACUGAAGAGGAGGCCAAGCAGCUGGCAGAGGAAAUGAACAUCUCCUUCUACACGAGUCGCACUGACGAUGUCUUGCUGCAUCAGGACGUAGAUUUGGUUUGCAUCAACAUCCCUCCACCACUGACUCGGCAGAUUGCUGUGAAGGCUCUAGGAAUAGGGAAGAACGUGCUGUGUGAGAAAGCUGCUACCUCUGUGGAUGCCUUCAGGAUGGUCACAGCUGCCAGGUAUUACCCCAAGCUGAUGAGCAUCGUUGGCAACGUGCUGCGUUUCCUGCCCGCCUUUGUGAAGAUGAAGCAGCUGAUCGAGGAGCACUACGUGGGCAAAGUCAUCAUCUGCGACGUGCGAGUCUACGGGGGCAGCCUGCUCAGCCACCAGUACAACUGGAUCUGUGACGAGCUCAUGGGAGGGGGUGGCCUGCACACCAUGGGCACCUACAUCAUCGACCUCCUGACUCACCUCACCAGCAGGAGAGCCGAGAAGGUCCACGGUUUGCUCAAGACUUUUGUGAAGCAGAACACGGCCAUCAGCGGGAUCCGCCACGUCACCAGCGAUGACUUCUGCGUUUUCCAGAUGCUCAUGAGGGACGGCGUCUGUUGCACUGUGACUCUCAACUUCAACAUGCCCGGGUCCUUCAUCCACGAGGUCAUGAUUGUGGGCUCCGCUGGCCGCCUCAUAGCUCGUGGGACAGACUUGUACGGGCAGAAGAACACCGCGCUCCAGGAAGAGCUGCUCUUCACGGACUCUCUGCCUGUCAACAAGGGCCUUUUGGAUAAGGGCUUCAAGGACAUCCCACUGCUCUACCUGAAAGGAAUGGUGUACAUGGUGCAAGCCCUGAGGCAGUCUUUCCAAGACCAGGAAGACCGUCGGACGUGGGAUCAGGUACCUGUGUCCAUGGCAGCCUCUUUUGAAGAUGGCCUGUACAUGCAGAGUGUGGUAGAGGCCAUCAAGAAAUCCAGUAGGUCAGGUGAGUGGGAGACUGUGGAGGUGAUGACUGAGGAACCAGAUGCCAACCAAAACCUCUGUGAGGCACUUCAAAGAAAUAACUUAUGAACAUUCCUACCUUGGAAAAUACUACUUCUGGCUGUAAUGUAAAAAAGCCCAGUUUUUAAGAUAUGUAGAUUCUUAUUUAAUAGCCUGAGUUUCUUGAUUUUUUUAAACAUGUAAAAUAUGUUCUCAUAGGAACAGUUCUGGUUUAAAUUGUUUGAAGAGUUUUAAAUGUUUCUGUUUUUUGCAAACAUUUAAUUUUUGUCUUGGAGACUGGUAGGAAAACUUGAAUUGCCCUUUGCACUUGCAGUAGCUGAAGUGAAUUGUAGGAUCUCUGCCAUUGCAUGGCUUGGAAAUGGGACACAACCCCUGUUGCACAGGCUGCUGAUUUAACCAUGAGAACAUGUAGAACAAGAUCAGGGAGUAUCUGUUGUUCAGAUGCCUUUUUCCUCUCUCUUGGAGACUGAUUUAUGUUUUAAUCCUCAGUUUGUAAAAUUUUAUAAAGAGUUCAGUGAUGUAACAAGUCUCUGAACUCCUAUAGGACAAAAAGUAGAAGGAACGGAUUAAAGUUAGUAACAUAAAGAUCAGCCUUUUGGCUUCCUGUAUGUGGUGAAUGUCUUUCAAAUUCAUUCAAACUGAUGUUUUUUUUAAAUGAUACUAUAAUUCUCUGUUGUUGGUGUCUUGGCAGGAAAAUAUUCAGGAAGUCUGUGAUGCAUUGAGCUAUUCUUCCAUAUCUGUAGACAUUAUUCCUUCUACUCAAGAGGCUGCCUGCAUCCAGCAGCUGUUUUUCCAUAAGCUCUGUGCUUAUGUCAGUUGUGUUUACUGCCUGGCAGCACCAGUGCCGUGCCUGUGGGGCCACGUUCUCAUUUCUGUGACUGUUACUAAAUAAAUGCCUCCCUGGGUCACGGGAUUGCCACAGUGUCGUGGGUAACAAAGUUGUACAGCAUGAACCUUUCAGGGACCUGAAAGUGGAAGGAAGGAGGUAUUUCCUACCUCUUGCAGCUCUCUUAAUGUGCUGGCUGGGUAACUGUCACACUACACACAUCCUGAUCGUUGAGAGAACAGAGACUGAACUGCCAUGGGUAAAUGUGCUCUUGAUCUCAAACACUGGCUAUUAACCCUCUGGGCCAGCCCAUCUUCAUGUUCUCCUGCAGCUGGUGUCCAGUGGAGAGAUUUCUUGGCAGAUGAUGGGGUGGAAGUUCAUUCCUUUUGAGAAAUGUUUCUCUCUGAGGCAGGUAUCUGGAAAGGAUAGUCUAAUUUUACUACAUUUGUUUUGUGUACUUGAAAGCUUUUUUUUUAAAUGUAUUUCCCACUAAAUUGUAACCCUGUGUAUUUAUGUAUAUUAACAUGCACGAUGCUGUUCCAUAAGCUGGAUCUUCCUGAAAAGUAUCAUGUUUUUUACAGAAAUAAAAAGUUGUGUUUGUUGAGGGAA